AUAAAUUUCAAAGCAUUGUCUUGCCUUUUAAGUGACUAAGGCCAAAGGAGUGUUUUUAGGGUUUUGAAAGGGUUUAGGACUCGUCUCCAUACUUGCAUUUCCAACCAUUGAAGCUACUACACACUUACCUCCAAUGGCGUCAAACAGCGAAAAAUUCAACAAGCUCGAAGAUUCAGAUUUCGACAUUGAUGAAGAUGGCGACGACCUCGAAAUUGAUCAAGGUUGGAACGAUUGGAACGCAGAUGAAAAUGACGAUAAUGCCGAUGAAGAUUCCGAAUUCAAGUGUUUGUUUUGUGAAUUCAGCUUUAGUUCUUGCGAUUCAUUGCUUCAACAUUGUUGUUCAAUUCACCAUUUUGAUUUCCCUCUCUUGAAAAAGAGCUUAGGGUUAGACUUUUAUGGCUGCUUCAAGCUUGUUAACUACAUUAGAGCUAUGGUAGCACAAAACACUUGUUGGAGCUGUGGUCAUCAGUGCAAGUCCAAUCAAGAGCUACUGAAUCAUCUUCACGAGACAAACUUUUCGGAGGAGUUGAUGCUUUUGUGGGAUGAUGAUAAAUACUUGCAACCCUUCAUGGAAGGGGAUUCUUUACUCUAUAGCUUUGAUCAAGAUGAAGAUUUUGAAGAUGAGUGUAUGCCACCCGUUGAUGAAGAGGAAUUAUCACGAAUAGUGGGAGAAGCAAAGGAAUUAUCACGUUUAUUGGGAGACGUGCAAAAAGUAUGCUCUGAUGAUGAAAUGAUGGUAGAUGCUGAUUCCUCUAGCCCCAUUGAUUCGAAUAAGAAAGUAACGAAAGUGAUGCCUUCUACUUCUAUUGCUAGCUCUUCCAGGGAAGCAAUGGUGAAUGGUGUUGAGUGUGAUUUAUCUGAUAAAAUGCAAAAAAAUCUGUCCCUUAGGGCUUCUUUUGGAAGAGUUGCAGCAUCAGAGAUUAAGAAAGUAAAUGAGAGUUAUUUUGGAUCCUAUAGCUCCUUUGGCAUCCAUCGGGAGAUGUUAAGUGACAAGGCUAGAAUGGAUUCAUAUAGUCAAGCUAUUUUGAAAAAUCCAUCUCUUUUUGGUGGUGCUGCCGUGAUGGAUGUUGGUUGUGGGACCGGUAUACUUAGUCUAUUUGCAGCCCAGGCAGGGGCUUCAAGAGUUAUUGCAGUGGAUGCAAGUGAGAAGAUGGCUGCUGUGGCCACUCAGAUUGCAAAAGACAAUGGCUUUUUAAGGAAUGAAAGUAUUUGCAAAGGUAAUAACCAGAGUCCUGGUGUAGUUGAAGUUAUCCAUGGUAUGAUUGAGGACAUUGAAAAGUCGGUAUCAAUUGAACCCCACACCAUAGAUGUCUUAUUGAGUGAAUGGAUGGGGUACUGUUUGCUCUAUGAAUCAAUGCUCAGCUCUGUCCUCUUUGCACGGGACCGAUGGCUGAAGCCUGGAGGUGCUAUUCUGCCUGAUAUAGCAACAAUGUUUGCUGCAGGAUUUGGAAGGGGUUGUACCAGUCUUCCCUUUUGGGAAAAUGUGUUUGGUAUUGACAUGUCUUCUGUUGGCAAGGAACUUGUUAAAGAUGCUGCUGAGUUUCCCAUUGUUGAUGUUGUCAAUAGCCAUGAUAUUGUGACUGAGACUGCAACUUUGAAGAACUUUGAUUUAGCAACCAUGAAAAUUGAAGACAUGGAUUUUACUUCUAGCAUCGAGUUACAACCUAAGUUGGGCAGUGUCACCGAAUUAAGUGAUGUGAAAAAUGGAGUUACAUGGUGUCAUGGAGUUGUUUUGUGGUUUGAUACUGGUUUUACAAGCAGAUUUUGCAAAGAAAUGCCAGCUAACUUAUCCACUUCCCCAUACACACUGAAGACUCAUUGGUCCCAGACAAUUUUCACCUUUAGGGAACCCAUAGCACUCUCAUCAGGAAGACUUGAUGCAAAGAGUUCAGCUGUCGUUGGAACUGACUCCUGUCCAGCGUCAAAGAUUGAGGUACGCAUUAGUAUUGUUCGUGCACAACAGCAUCGAGCCAUUGAUAUAUCACUGGAGACUUCAGCAGUCAGCCAUGAUUGCCGAAGACAAGCUUGGCCUGUACAGAUUUUUAACCUCUCUUAGAACCUUACAUCUUUCUUGUUCUGUCAUCAUUGUAUCAGUUGAUUGAUAGUGGUCUUAUUUUUCCCUUUUAUUUCAUGUAUUAGUUAACAUUUAUAGCCAGUCAUGGCCUCCUUAUAUAAACAUCCACCAAUUUUGUUUCCUUGGAUCAAACUUCACUCGUAUUGGAGAUGUUUUCA